UUUGAAAGAAAAUUUUGCACAAUUGUGUUAGAUUUUAGUAUAGGUAGGUAAUUAUGUAAUGAUUUUGAACAAAGAAUUAAUGGAAUGUCGGAAAGAAGAAAAGAGGAGGAACAAGCGUCAUAGUGGAUAGGAGUCGACUUGGGGUUCCACAAGACUCGUCAUAAUGAUGGUGGCUUCUCUAUGGGGAAUGAGCAUUGCCAACAAGGAUUGGGGCUCUGGUUAUAACCACACCAACUGGGACUGGGGCUGGGGCUGGGGCUGGGGACCCUACCAUCCCCCUAAUCAAACACAAGGCCCCAACAAGAUCAAUGUGGGCGGAUCAGAAAACUGGCACUUCGGCUUCAACUACACUGAAUGGGCAUUCCAAAAUGGUCCUUUCUACUUCAACGAUACACUAGUGUUCAAAUAUGAUCCACCAAGCAACAACACUUUUCCACACAGCGUUUACUUGCUGCCAAAUCUGUGGAGUUUCCUGACUUGUGACUUAAGAAGAGCAAAGAUGAUUGCUAGUCCCACACAAGGAGGCGGCGACGGCUUCCACUUUGUGCUCAAUCGAUGGAGGCCCUAUUACUUUGCUUGCGGUGAACGUAACGGUUUUCAUUGCAAGGUUGGUCGUAUGAGGUUUAUGGUAGUGCCAUUUUUCCGUUGGAACCAUUGAUCCAUGAAGACAAUAUCAGGGAAGACAGACAGUACUGCUUUAUAUAUAUAUGCUAAAGUCUCUAGACUUUAGUGAACGAUUUGGCUUGAAAUCGUCGUUUGUUAGCUUUGGCUUUAUACUUUCAGUUUUGACUCAAAUAUCUCCGAGGCUUAUACAUAAUUCGGACUAUGGUGAUAACCAGAAUUUACAGAA